GGCCCGAUUAGCUCAGUUUCUCUUUCCCCUUCGUCUCCGGCGUACGAAGAAUUUGUGCUCCCGCCGCCUUUACGCCGUCGUUUUGGAACUCCCCUACUCUCAGCAACAAUGGCGACUGUUAUGCAGAAAAUCAAGGACAUCGAAGAUGAGAUGGCAAGAACGCAGAAGAACAAAGCAACCGCCCAUCAUCUGGGCUUGCUGAAGGCGAAACUUGCAAAACUUCGGAGAGAAAUUCUUACACCAGCAUCGAAGGGAGGUGGUGGUGCUGGAGAAGGCUUUGAUGUCACCAAAAGUGGUGAUGCAAGAGUCGGCCUUGUGGGUUUUCCUUCAGUUGGAAAAUCCACUCUCUUAAACAAAUUAACUGGAACUUUUUCAGAGGUUGCUUCUUAUGAGUUUACUACUUUAACUUGCAUUCCUGGUGUGAUCACAUAUCGAGGAGCUAAAAUUCAGUUAUUGGAUCUUCCUGGUAUUAUUGAGGGUGCCAAAGAUGGCAAGGGUAGAGGUCGGCAGGUCAUCAGUACAGCUCGCACAUGUAACUGCAUUCUGAUUGUUCUAGAUGCCAUAAAACCAAUCACUCACAAGCGUUUAAUAGAGAAAGAGCUCGAGGGAUUUGGUAUAAGAUUGAACAAGGAACCACCAAAUCUGUCUUUCCGGAGGAAAGACAAAGGUGGAAUCAAUCUCACCUCUACGGUUACAAACACGAAUCUUGACCUCGAAACGGUGAAGGCAAUUUGCGGCGAAUAUCGAAUACACAAUGCUGACAUCAAUCUGCGAUACGAUGCAACAGCUGAUGACCUCAUCGAUGUUAUUGAGGGCAGUAGAGUAUAUAUGCCUUGCAUCUAUGCUGUCAAUAAGAUUGAUCAGAUUACAUUUGAAGAACUGGAGAUUCUCGAUAAACUUCCGCAUUAUUCCCCAGUCAGCGCACAUUUGGAAUGGAAUCUCGAUGGGCUUCUUGAGAAAGUAUGGGAAUAUCUAAGUUUAACUCGUAUUUACACAAAGCCAAAGGGGAUGAAUCCUGAUUAUGACGAUCCUGUCAUAUUGUCGUCGAAGAGAAGAACAGUUGAGGACUUCUGUAAUAGAAUCCACAAGGACAUGCUUAAACAAUAUAAAUAUGCAUUGGUUUGGGGCUCUAGCGCAAAACACAAACCCCAGAGAGUGGGCAAGGAGCACGAACUGGAAGACGAAGAUGUUGUGCAAAUCAUUAAAAAGGUCUAGUUUCUCAACUUAAAUACGUCGAAUUAAUGCAUAUGGUGUGAUUCUACGAGCAGUGAUGCUUAGAGUUCUUUAUCGAGUGUAAGACUUUCGUUCUUUUACUAAGUUAUUAUUGUACUCGAUCGUGUAAUUUUAGUGUGAUGGAUUGAAGCUAGUUUUCGAGGACUAACGGAUUUUGAGGGUCUUUUGGUCAUAAAUUAUAUAUCUAUUAACUAGAGAAAAUUUUGUUCUUAGCUAUUGCUAUUUGAGGAUGGGCAGCUUUUUUGCUUUUUAAUGAUUCUGCGCAUUAUUUGGU